CCAUACAGAGAAUAACUUCGAUCAUUGUUAAAUGUAUGGAUUUCGGCAGUAUCGUUAUCAUAAUUAUAUUUUCAGAACUAUCUUUAAAAAUUUGGAAUUAAUCAUCCAGGCUGGUUUACGAAUGCAUGUAAGCCACUUUUAUCAAAUGUGAAUUCCUACUGCCAUCGACUGGCAAGCCACGAGUAGUGCAACUAAAAUGUUGCAGCGUAGGCGAGUGUCAAACGAAGUAAAGAUCCCUGACACACGAAAUUGAAACUGGCGACCGAAGUAAAAGACGGGACAAGGGCAGGGAAGCCCAUUUCCUAUUAACCCUCUGUUAUCUUAUAUCCUUUUAUCGUUAGUAAUAAACAAUCGAUAAAUAUGACCUCAUGCACAAAAUUGCGCAAGCACCGUUCGAUCAGAGGUCUCUCCAAAGUAAUUAAAAGACGUUACCGUCCAGCAUCCCAACAAAGUGAAAGCAGCCGUCUAUUAAUGGACUAGGCCCGUAAUGGGAUCCGAGAUAUAAUUAGCACGGUUCAGCUGUCUUGUAAGACUCCGUCCGUCCCUGACUCUUUUCCUUGUUUGUGCCGAACAAGAAGGUUGUGUUGCAACACACAUGAGAAAUAUUUUCCAUCACCUUUCCUUGGAUUCUGCCUGUACAGUGUGUUAAAAAUUAAUAAAUUACCAAUUAUGCACAAAGUUCGCUCCCUCUUCCAGGCCUAUCCCUGGGGGACUAAUGUUGCUGCUUAUACAGCACUGUUUGCUGGUGCUGAUUUACUCCAGCAAAGCAUGCUGGGAGAAGACCAAAAGAUGCAAAAUUCAGAAAGAGUGCUAGAAGAGCCAGGUGUCAUGACUGAAAGAAUGAGACCAGCAUCUGAGCUGUUGGAUGGAAGGAAAAAAGUAGAUCUCUACCAGACAGCAAAAGUCAGCCUAAUUGGAUUGUGCUUCCAUUCCAACUUCAAUUUCUUUUGGCUGAAUUUCUUGGAACGGGUUUUCCCAGGAGUGAGACCAUUAAGCAUUGGAAAGAAAGUGAUCAGUGACCAGCUGGUGGCUGCUCCAAUAACAAUAGCAGCUUUUUAUACGGGGCUGAGCAUUCUUGAUAGGAAAGAUGAUGUGUUCCAAGAUUUACAUGACAAAUUCUGGCCUUCAUACCAGACAGGGAUUAUCUAUUGGUCAUCGAUGCAGGUGGUGAAUUUCUCCAUUGUCCCCCCUUUCAUGAGGACAGCAUUUAUUGGGGCAUGUGCUUUUAUAUGGACCUCAUUUUUGUGCUAUUUCAGAUGCCAUGACACCGAGCAAGUCCUACGAGCUUUCAAAGAGUCUAUUCCAAUUUACCUUAGCCCUUCCAGACCAGAGAAUGCCAAACUAGAAAAGUGAAAGGGGAAAACGGUCUAACCAGAUCAUUCCAGCAAAAUCAUACCCAAUACAAUUUUGAUUUGUUUUAUUUACUUUUUAUAGUCUAAUGGUUUAAUGUGUAUAAGUUUACUUUAAAUAUUAGUGCAUUAAACAAAUAUAGCAUUAGUACUCAACUGAGCCUGCUGUUCUUCUUUUCUAUUUUUUAUCUUAGGCAUUGAAACAGGUUCCACAUAUUGAGAAUGUCAAGUCUUACCUUAUUUUAAGAGUUUUGACCUUUUUUACAAUAUGACUAAAUAAUUGCUCCAGGGGCGCUGUACAAUGGCUGACCCUGCGCUCUGACCCCAAGGGGUAUGCGAAAAGAUGCAUUUCACUCCGUGUUGUCCUGUAUAACUACAUAUGUGACAAUAAAUCAAUAAUUAAUGAGAA